AUGACCCAGCGAACCGUCAAAUUCAUCAAUGAUGAGGCCUCGUCAGUCCAUGGCAACUUGAAGGUCGCUUCUGUUUACACAACAGAAAGUGGCGAGUGGAAGCUUGGUGGUUUUGAGGUUUUGAGUAAUGUUAAAGAUGACGAGGCUGUGAUCUAUACAUAUGGCAGUCUUGUCCCAGACUCAGGACGGUAUACACCGCCUGAGCUAGCAAAAUCGGGAUGGGAUGCGAUCAAGCGCAGUCCUCACUCUGCUGUAGAUGCGUACGACUUCGGUGCGCUGAUCUUCGAGAUUUUCAAUGGCAGUUUCAGCAGUGACCAGGCUGGGCAGACGAAGAAUAUACCGCCCAGUCUUCACCCAAGCUAUAAGCGUCUCGCCAGCCCAAAUCCCAAGGCCAGACUCACAGUGGCUCACUUCCUUGAACAAGGCCGUCGAAAUGGGUCGUUCUUCGACACGCCUCUAAUCAAACUAACCGAGGGAGUUGAAAAUCUCGGGGUGAAGACGGAGGAGGAAAGAGAAGCGUUUCUUGAUGAUCUCGAUCAGCUCACCGAUGAUUUUCCGGAGGACUUUUUCAAAAUGAAAGUCUUGCCAGAGCUAUUGAAAUCAGUGGAAUUUGGAGGCGGCGGUCCCAAAGCCUUCGGACUCGUCAUGAAAAUCGCCACGAAGUUAUCGAAUGAGGAUUUUGACGCCAAGGUCCUUCCCGUGCUUCUUCGACUAUUUGGGAACCCUGACAGAGCUAUCAGGGUUACGGGGUUCACAGAUGUAGCACCAGUUGUCAGAGAACAGACACUCAAGUCUGUCCUCACAAUCAUCACCAAACUUUCCGACAGAACUAUCAACGGCGAAUUGCUAAAGUACUUGGCCAAAACAGCCAAUGACGAGCAGCCCGGUAUUCGCACAAAUACUACGAUUUGUCUUGGGAAAAUUGCCAAGUAUCUGGGGACUUCUUCCCGUUCCAAGGUUCUCAUAGCGGCCUUUAGUCGCUCACUUCGCGAUCCAUUCAUUCAUGCUCGAAACGCUGCCCUGAUGGCUCUGUCUGUCACAUCGGAGCACUUCUCCGACGAAGACUGCGCGACUCGCGUUCUUCCAGCCAUCUGCCCGUCGCUCAUCGACAAGGAGAAGCUUAUUCGAGACCAAGCAGUCAAGACACUGGACGUGUACGUCCAAAGGAUCAAGAAGGCAGUCGAAAGCAUGCCCGAGACAGCUCUAGCACCAGAAAGCGCGAUCUCUGGGAACCCCAGGAUGGACACACCCCAAGCAGAGGCAGCAGCCGGCUGGGCAGGCUGGGCCAUUUCGUCUUUUACAAACAAGCUCUCCGCUGCAGCAGGGGAUAUUACUUCCUCCAACGGGGCAUCCUCUGUCCCAGCUUCCUCGUCUGCUCCUCCCUCGCGCCCAUCAACAGCAGCUCCCAUCACGUCCAACUCCUCUGCCUCGCCACUCCACCGGCAAGCAGUCAAAUCCCCUCCUCCAUCAGCACCCCUCACCCGAAACCCAUCGACAACAGGCGAGUUGUUUUUCCCAGAGGACGACAACAACGAUGAUGGUGCCGACUUUGAUGCGUGGGGUGAUAUGGGCGACAUGGACGACGAUGAUACAUCCACUCCGAACAAGAUGACUGCCUCGAUAUCGAGCAAUCAGUCAAACGACAAUCCGUUUGCGGAGCCAUCAUCGUCAAAGAAGAAAUCUGCAGUAACGACAACGGCGUCAAGUAAACCGUUUGAUGAUGGCUCGGAGCCAGAUUUCGCGGGGUGGUUGGCGCAGCAGGCGGAGAAGAAGAAGGGAGCAGUGUUGGGGGGGAGUAAAGCUUUGCCGAAGGGGUUGGGUAAAACCACCACUGCGACGACAGCAAAGAAGACGACAGUGCCGGUGAAGAGUAAGCCAGUUGUGGUGAAGAAGAUUGAUACCAAGCCCAAGGAUGAUGAUGGGGACGAUGGGUGGGGUGGGUGGUGAUUUUCGCUGCUUGAGAGACCUAUGUAUGACGAUAUAAAAACUGGGUACUUAUAAUAUAGACCGGUUUUGGUCAGGUGUUUGGUGGAGGCGAUCGAAAAAGCAUGGGAAGCAAACUUGGAGGGGUUUUUUUCGUGUUGUGUUUUGGGUUUGCAUGCGAGGAGAAAUGGAGUUGCGAUUAAUGGGCGGCUUGUUGAAUGUGCUGUAGAUAGUUUACAAACCAAAUAAUGGGAAAGCGAGG